AUGCCCAAGGAUGCCCUAGGAUGGGAAGGAGCGUAUGAGGGAAGCGACCACAGCUCAGUCAGCCUUCAGGUUGACUAUCAUCGCUUCUGCCGUCCGUACGAUGUCGGGGUUGUAGUCGACGCUGUUGAUGUACCCCGUAUGGCUGCACUCUCGGCACAGGCACUCUUCAGGGACCGCCUGAACUCGCCAAUAAAACGCCACAGAAGCAGCCAGUGUCAAAGUGCGAAACACUGCAGUUUCAGCCCAGAAAGCCGCUCGAGAGACAAGAAGACGCGCCGGGAGCACUCUUUAGCGGUCUACAGCGAGCCCAAGCCCACCGCCUGCAGAUGA